UAAAUGGUAUUAACUUGUUAAGUUCGACACACUUACGGUGCAGUUUUCCUAAGAAGAGAAACAACUUCAAGUUUUCAUCUUGGAGUUCUCUGCAUACGGCUUCCGUUUGCUGUAGCAAUCGUCCCUGCCCUUCCAGCUUGUCAGCCACAAGAAAACACCGACACAAUGAUGAGAACGUUUCCUCCAGUGCCAGCAGCCCGCCCUGAUCCGUGCUCAAGCACUCCACGGAAUUAAUAUUAUCAUCCAAAGCCACGUCGACGCUAAGAGAUUCUGUUGACGAUGGCUGUCUUAAAGAAACGAAACCGGAGCCAUCAUGCCCGUCACGGGUGUCGCACAAUAUGUAUUGUCUGCUAUCCGUUCUAUGCAGACAGCACCCAGUUUCCGGUGGCACAGGAACAUGAAAAAUUAGGUGCAACUGCAGUUUGAUUAGCGCCAACAAUCGGCAAACAUGUUCUUCCAGAAAAUGCAAACGCUCACUGGAGGUUGACAGUAUUCUCGGGAGCAAGCAUGCAAUAUGUAGUCUCGUGACCAUUUCGCGAAGAACAUUCCGUAUGCGACUAGAGUCCAGACGGUGUGGAACAUGAGGAACGGUGCGCUGGAAGCUUGAGCGCUGAGAUUUCCGCUGAGCAGAGCUGAGGCCAGGCUCAGAGCAACGAGCGAUCCGAGGUUAUCCGGGUUCGAAAAAACCGCAUUCCAGCGCUCACUUUGCACACAGCACGAGUUGACACUUCAAUCGAGAUCGAAUCUUUACAUCCAUCUUCUUUGUUUGUGAUGUUAUUAAUAAUAUUUGCUGCUUGUGGUUGAAUUUGAUUCAGUUUAAAUUGAAAGCUUUUAAUUUUCUUACUUCAGGAUGGGUGAGAAUAACUGGGCGAAAGCAUUCGAGCUCGAUAGCACGAUGUUCAUGCAAACCGUACCGGAGCCAUGUUUCAAGCCCAAAACCUACAACGGUAUGAUGUCGCGUUCCGCUUCUCCGUAUUCAGCGAAAAUGUCCAACAUGAGAAUGGUCAGCAAUUACAUGAGCAAGCAGCACAGUGUCGAUUCGGACCUGUCACACUCGUCCCGUGGCAGCUUCAUGAGCUACUCCCCGCAGCCGUCGAUGUGUGGUUAUCAGCAGCCGCAGAAUCCGUUCAGCUUCGCUGAGGUACCAGAUGCGGAUUUUCAGCGCAUGGUUCCCUCAUGUCCAUCGCCCGUGGAAAGCGUCGGCCGCGUCCCGGGAAUGACCUUAAACGGGGAUCCGCGGUGGAGUGGCGAUCUGUGCGUCGAGCGUCAGGCGCAGGCCUAUCGUACGGCAGCCUCGGGCGCCACGGCAGCGGCUGUGUGGAGCGGCGUGUUGCCUCCGCGCAAUACCAAAGGAUCCGCAUUCUCCUGCAAAGUGUUUCUGGGUGGCGUACCGUGGGACAUUACUGAGCAUGACUUGCAGAUGGCGUUUGGAAGGUUCGGGAAUCCGAAGAUUGAGUGGCCGGCGUCACAUGAACAGAGUAGUCGUAAUGUCAAAGGACAUUUGUAUCUGAUUUUCGAUACCGAAAAAUCGGUUAAGCAGCUGUUAGGAUCGUGCAACUACGAUUUUAACCAAGGCCACCACAACUGGUACCACAAAGUGGCCAGUAAGCGCAUGCGAGUGAAAGAAGUUCAGGUCAUUCCGUGGCAGCUGGCAGAUGCCAGCUACGUGCGCAACGGGUGCAUGACGACGUUCGGUACGAAGACGGUCUUCGUGGGGAGCCUGCAUGGAAUGCUCACAGCGGAAGGGCUCGCAAAGGUCUUGGAUGACCUUUUCGGUGGAGUCGUGGCUGCUACUAUCGACACAGAUAAAUACAAGUAUCCAAUUGGAUCUGGCCGUGUGACCUUCAAUUCGGAAGACAGCUACAUGAGAGCUCUUCGUGCGGUGUUUGUGGACCUGCGCACUCCGAAAUUCAACAAGAAGAUCCAGAUCGACCCGUUUCUGGAGGAUUCGCCGUGCAGCAUCUGCAAUCAUCAAGUGGGCCCGUACUUCUGCCGCGAUCUGCACUGCUUCAAUUACUUCUGCCACGCUUGCUGGCAGUGGCAGCAUUCAGCGGACAAUAUUGGCCAUCAUAUCCCGUUGAUGCGCAAUCCCCGUCCAUAAAGGGAUAUGUAUUCCUGUCCGUCCUUUUUCUACCUCUUAUAAACCCGUACGAUUAGCAGUAUCCCUCCUCUUCACUGACCCGAAACAGCCAAAACGGUUAUUUUUUUUAGUUACUAUGCCUUUAAUCGGCGCCAAGCUUUUAUUUAAAUUUAUUUUAGUUUUGUAAUUAAAAUUUCGUUUGUUUAAUUUUUGGUUUUAUAAGAAUUUAUUGUUCAUUUUCGUUGUUUUCAAUCGUACAUGUGCGAACUGGUUCAUGGUGCCCUUCUUUGUUCAUAGCGUUGUUAGUUUUGAUCCAUCUUAUAGAAUUGUCUUCAUGUGGUUUGAUUCAUUUUUCAGUCAUAAUUUUUGAUGGUUUAAUCUUUAAAUUAUUUAUUUUUGUUCCUUUUCCGAGUGUACAUUUUUGGCAUUCACUGUCUUUUUCCUUAUCUGUUUCGAAUCCGGUCUGUUUUUGAUUUCUUUUUUAUUCCAGGUUUUUUUUAUUUUGCAUUUUUGUAUAUAAUUGCUAUUAAAGCUUUAUCAGUUUUCGACGAUGUUCGUACAAAUAACAAAAGCACUGGCUUUGUGG